CUUCAUCGUUACUAGAACUCAUACUAGAUAGGCUCUUCUAAUGUCCAACAAUAUCGUUGUAACUAUGCCUUUUUCAACGGACGAAAUUCCCGAGUGGCUAAAUGCAACUUAUUUUGAGAACAUUCUCGUAAAAGAACGCAAUGAUUUUUCAAUCAGGGUGCCUUCAAUAGAUGUGAGCUACGCACUGUCCAAGGGUGAAAAUUACGUCAGUAUAAUUUUUCGAUCUGCGCUAAAGGUUCAAAGCAAAUCUCAACCCCUUCACGACGAAAGUUACAUCGUCAAGUACACCCCCACGGAUGGGGCGGCCAACCUAAAAAUGAAGGAUUACAAUGUUCACGAGAAGGAAAUGAACGUGUACGAGUUGGUGAUUCCGAAGAUCGAUAAAAUGAUGCGCUCGAUUGGUGAUCGUUCCAAGCUGUUUCCGAAGACGUUGGCCGUUGAUCGAGAGCACGAUGCGAUCAUCUUUGAAGAUUUGAACCACGGAAGAUUCGUAAUGGCGGAUAGAGUGAGUGGUUUGGGAUUGGAGCACACCAAGAAGGUUCUGGUGGGAUUGGCUAAACUGCACGCUUGUUCUUUGAAAUUGAUUGAGAUGGAGCCGGAGAUAGUUGAUCGAUUUAAUACUGGGAUCCUGACUCGUCACACAAGUGCGUUGUAUUCAAUGUUUCAGUCUAGUUUUGAUGCGUUAAUCGAAGAGAUGAAAACGUGGGAUUCAAAGUGGCAAUACUAUUGCGGCAAACUGGAGAAAUUGCAACCAUACUUUAUCGAAAACAGUCUUGCUGUAACCGAUCACGAAUGCGAAGUUGAUCUACGCGUGCUGAACCAUGGAGAUCCUUGGACUAACAAUAUGAUGUUUCUCAACGAUUCUGAUGGUAAACCUGUUGAGGUUGUACUUUUGGAUCUUCAGUUUUGCAACUACACGACUCCAGCAGCGGAUUUACUCUACUUUUUCUACACUUCGACUAAGGAUGAGAUUCGGCAAAAUUGUUUUGAAGAACUAAUGCAGUACUAUUACAAUAACUUUUCGGAUUAUGUGAAUCGUCUUGGUUGUUCUAAAAAGAUACAAACUUUGCAUCAAUUUCAACAACACUUAUUGAAGAAGAUGUUUUUCGCUGUCAACUCCAGCAUCGUUCCACUUCCGAUCGCCAUCAACGAGGUCACUUGCGAUGCCGAUUUCGAAGGACUCACCGGAAACGAUGAUCGAACUCGUCAGUUCAAGCGGACAGUGAUGUCUAACAAGAAAUACCACAAGAUAAUACAAGCUUUGCUGCCAGUUUUCGACAGGAAGGGACUGUUGGAUACAUUGAAGUGA